UGGUAUGCAUGUCGGAAGUUAACAAGAUCGGAAUUCUGUUGGAGUUGUUGUACUAUAAACUGCUCUUUUACUAGUUUAAAAGCUUCCACUAUGAAGUUGAUACCUUAUUUUCUUCAAAUACGUUGCUAAUACUAUCAAUUUGAAGUGAAAAAGGACAGAAGCAAAGUCGUUUCGUGUGAAGCUCUUCAAUCUUCGUUUCGACUGUCACUCCCCUUGGAUGGUCUCAGGAACUUUACGUAUAAACUUGKCUGUAAUUUUGCACAAGUUUAGUUUACAAUGAGUACUGGAGUAGUGAGAAUAGCUAUCGAGAAAGAAGGCCAACUGCCUCAGUUAAUAAUCCUAGAUCAGACACAACCACUGGAAAAUAUCAUCAAAGAAAUUUGUGUUAAAUGGAACAUCAGCAUUCCUGAGCAAUAUGCAUUCCAGUAUGCAGACUAUAAUUUAUACAUCACUGAAGAGAACCGGUUUGAGAUUGGUAAUGGAAAUGUACUAAAGCUCACCUUAUCGCCUGCAAAGCUGGCACAAGAUAUCUUUGACAAACUCCAAUCACCUAAUGUAGAGGAUAAGAAAAGUAUACUUGCUCAGCUUUCAAAUAUUGCAGAGGAUCCAACAUUUGCUGGSGAGUUCAUUAAGAGAAAUGGUUUGGGAUUAAUAAUAAGUUUGCUAGAAGCAAGACCAGAGAGUCCUGAGACUAUGGCACAUGCRCUAAAAGCAUUCCAAGAGCUGAUGGAGCAUCCUGGGCUGAAAUGGGACAUCUUGACCCAUGGAUUUAUCAAAAAUUUGACAGUUUUCGUGAAUAAAAUGUCGGGCACUGACCCUACUGUACUGAAGAGAUGUUUAGCUAUUCUAGAAUCUACUGUAUCAAACAGUUACAAUCUUUAUCCAAUUGCUGAAAAAGAAAUAAAGUUUGAAAGUCUUAUCAAGCAUAUACACAAUAGUAACCAAGAAAUCCAGUUGAAUGCCUUAGCUCUUAUCAAUGCCUUGUUUAUGAAAAAGGCUGAACCCAGUAAAAGAAAGAGUCUAUUAGAAACUCUUGAUGUACUUAGAAAAACAGUGUUUGAUUCUGAAAGUGGCACAGGACGCCCAGUGUCACAAAUGGCAAACAGUGGCUGGGACUUCAAGACACUUGGUUUUACGAAUUAUGAAAAUCCUGCACAAGAUUUCAAUGAAACUCCACCUGGACUUCUACCAGCGCACUGUAUGGCUUAUUUUGCACACAGACACCCAGAUCAAUUCAUCAAGGUUGUUUGUCAAAACUUUGCCCGUGGUGAUGACCAUGGGUGUCCUUUUGCACGAUCAAGUAUCGCACUAACCAAACUCCUGUGUGAGCUACUUAAAGUGUCAGAUGAAUCAUAUGCCGAGGCAGGUGAUUAUUAUCCCAUAUUCUUCACGACUGAUUAUGGUUUUGAAGAAUUCUUCUGCAUCUGCAUACAAUUAGUGAACAAAACAUGGAAAGAAAGGAAGGCUUUUGCAAGUGACUUCACCAAGGUGAUAGCCACAGUUAAAAUCCAGAUAGAGCGAUCACUAGCUGAAAARCAACAUACUAUGGAAGCAUUCAGGAAUUUUAUCUUCAACCUCGACUACAAUAAGAUCAAUAAAUACAUAAAUGAAGAAGACAGGACCAGAAAUAUACAGCUGCUGCARAGUAAACCUGUUUUAGACCUCAAACAGCAGAUCCUCCCUCACCUAAAGAAUAUAGUAGGUCGGCAGAGACUCGAUCAACUCAUUGAAGGAAGAUGGUUUGAAAAGUAUAAGAAAAAAGAUAAUAACUGGUACUGCAGACUAUCACCAAACCUUAAGUUCCUGCACUAUGGUGAAGGCGAAGGACAAGGUGCUCCAUCAUUAGAAGCUUUGCCAAACAAAUUGCCAAUAUCAGGAAUCAAGCAAUUGCUCAUUGGUAAAGACUGUCCUCAUGCGAAAGAAAAAAAGGCCUUGAAGCUUUUCUAUUUCUCGCUCGUAUACGAACGUGACACAUCAGAUGACCAUCUCAAUUUCACUGUAACAAAUCAACAAAUUUUUGAUACUUGGGUCGAUGGUCUUUCGGUGCUUUUGAAUAAAGAAAUGCCAUCAGCGACUUCGAAAGAAGAUCUAGAGACACUGCAGGAUAUGGAAAUCAAGCURCGUCUACUCGACCUGGAGAAUAUCCCAAUACCAGAAAGCCCUCCUCCCAUACCCGCUGACCCACCAAAUUACAACUUUGCCUUCACAUUUUAGGAAAAUCGACCGAARACCGCRAGAUAGUGAGACUAUCUUCGGACAUGUAUGCGUUUAUAGGAUUUUGUACGAAGUGGGUCCGAACCCGUCACGAUGCAUCAUCGAUGAUUUACUGAUAAUUUUUUGUAGAACACGAAUGGAUUUCGAUUAUCCUGCGACGACUAGCGGGAAAUCGUCCUGGCACUGAAUACUGGAAAAUAWAUUUUUUAAAGUAUAUAUGAUAUAGUGUAAUAAUUCAUACAAACAACUAAUUUUAUAAAAUGUAGGUAAAUCUAUCUGUAGUCUGCUCAAUGUACUGGUAUUUGAGUAUGUUGAAAUUGAAUUUUACAGAGAGUGGUUUUUACAAUAAUAAACUAAACAGUCUGAAAA